AUGUUUUUAAAAAAUAAAAAAGAUAAAAAGUAUUUUGAUUAAGAACCAUCAUAAUAUAUUGAGUUUUAUGGAAUAUUAGGAAUAAUAAAGAUCUUAAAUAUAUAGUUUUUAUUAAUAGUUAAAAAAAUAAAAAAGGUCGCAUAAAUAUAAAUAUUGCAUGAUAUAUAUGAAAUAAAUGAAGUUGAUUUUAUUUCAUUUACAAACACAAAUUAAACAUCUAAUAAAAUAAAAGAUUAUUAAAGCGGAAUAAUAUAAGUAAAAAAAAAGCAUAAUUUAAAAAAUUAAAUAAAAAAAUAGAUAUUAAAAAAUUAUCAUUAUUUUUCAUAUACAUAUCCUUUAACAUUAACAACAUAAAACAUAUUAGACUAAAAAAGAUUAGAUAUAAAUAAAUAAUAUUGCUGGAACAUAAAAAUAUCUUAAUUAAUAUAUUAAAUAGACCCGAAAUGGGUAAUAUAAUUAAUAUAAGGUUUCGUUUAACAAUUUAAUUAUGAAUUUCCAAAAAAGAAAAAAAUUUCAUUCAUAUUAAUUGCCAGGCGAUCCUGUAUGAGAGGAGGAACCCGUUUUAUCCAUCGAGGAAUAAAUUCAGAAGGCGAUGUAGCGAACUAUUGCGAAAACGAACAGAUAAUAGAAUAUAACAAUAUGAUUAUGAGCUAUUUAAUUAUAAGAGGCAGUGUACCAGUAUUUUGGGAAUAAAAAGGGUUAAUGACGACUCUCUAAUUUUCAAAAGGUGAAGAAGUAAACGCAUAAGCAUUUGAAAAGCAUUUUUAAUAAAUUUAAAAAGAAAAAUUUUAACACUUAAAUAAACCAUGUAACAUUCAUAUAGUAAAUCUAAUGUAAAGAUCAAACAAAUUCGAGUAAAAAAUAAAUUUAGAAUUUGAAAACCAUUUUUAAAAAUGCAAUCUUUAAUUUUUAAAAUAUGAUUUUUUCGACUUUCAUAAAAAUCCAAACGAAAUAGACAACUAUGUUUAAAAUUUAGUUCAAGAAAAUUACCUAUUUUUCCUCUAUGAUAAUAUAAAUAAAAAAUGUCUAUAAUAAUAAAUUGGAAUCUUCAGAGUUAAUUGCAAAGAUUGUCUAGAUAGAACAAAUGCUUUCAUGAUGAGAAUAGGAUUCCAUGCAGUUAAGCAUAUGUUAAAAAAAGUCGAUAUUGAUAUUUAGACUAUGAUUGUGAAUAAAAUGUUCGAUAUUAAUAAUAAUUAGUUUAUUUCUGCUUUCAAAUAAAUAUGGUCUAAUAAUGGAAACAAUAUCUCUAAUUUAUAUGCUGGUACUGAUGCUACUACUAAAAAUGCGACUAAAGGACCUGUUUUUAGAAUAGAUUCAGCUUUUAUAGGUAUUUAGAGAUUUAUUAAUUGUAAUUUUUAAGAUUCUUUCAAAAUGGAAUGCUAUAAUCAUAUUGUUGGUUAACAUUAUGAAACUAAAUAUGAACUUCCUGAAAAUGUUAAAGAAGAACUUUUAAAGUUAUAAGAUUAAUAUUUAUAAACAUAAAAAAUAAACAUUCAAAUAAUUACUUGGAACGCUAAAUCUUGUAUUCUUAAGGAAGAUCAAAUUCUAGAAAAUUUCUUUGAUAAUCAAGAUAAUGAAAAUCCAGAUAUAAUAGUAAUAGGUAUAUAAGAAGCUGCCAAAAUAGACUUAUUAAAUGAUUUAAUAAGCAAUCAUUUAGAUGAAAGUAUAAUGAAAAAAUGGAGUUAAAUAAUUUCAUUUAAUAUUUUAUAAUAAUUGAGUGAAUAAUAUAUAUUAUUAAACAGCUAUGAUAUGAAAAAUACUCUUCUUUUGAUAUAUGUAAAUUAAAAAACAUAAUCUAUUUGUAAAAACAUAGAACAUGAUUAUGUAAAAUUUAAAUUUUAUUUCAAAAAAAGUUACGGAGCUGUAAUAUGUAGAUUUUAAGUAAAUGAUAGUGUUUUAACUUUCGUGAAUUGCGUUUUUCCUAAAGGAGAUAUAAAACUUAAGUGCUUAAAAUAUGUUUUUAGGAAUGCUUUUUAGAGAGAAUAUGUAGGGAAAAAUAAAUCAAAUAAAAUUUAAGAUAGCAAUAUGAUUUUUUUAUUCGGAGAUUUUAAUUCUAGAAUUAAUAUGAAAGUUGAUGACUAAUAAAAGUUGAUAAAUUUAUAUUAAUAAAAAAUUAAUUAAAAGGAAGACUUUGAAGGGCUUAAAAUACUAGAUGAAAUGCUUAAAAAUGAUUAGUUAAUUAGUAAAAAUGUUUAUUUUAUUAAAGAUUAUGCAGAACAUGAAAUUAUGUUUCUUCCUAGUUCCUAACCUAAAAAUAAGAAAUAAAAAGUUUCUUGCUGGUAAUAAGUUUUAUUUGAUUUUAUAUUAAAAAAAUAAAUAAAGGAGAGAUAGAAUCCUUGUAAAUAUAAAUGA